ACAGAAAAUACUUUUGGUCAAAACUGUGCUCAAAAUUGUAGUUUGCAUUGCGCAACAAAUAAUUCAGCCUCACGAUGUGACCACAGAACUGGUGAAUGUCUGGUAGGAUGUGUGCAAGAAUACAAACAGCCUUUCUGUUUGGAAAGGAUCCCUUCUGAAGGCUCUCCAUUGACUGUGAUUUUAUUAAUUUGUAUCGUUCUUCUGUUAGCGCUCAUCGUUGUGGUGAUACUUUUCAAAUUUAAAGACAGUCUACUUCCUAAGCCAAAUGUACAGGACGACGGGGGAGAGCAGCGGACAGGUUACGAACUCGUUACCAUCAACACAACCGAACGACAGUCCAGCGCGCAUGUGACAAGCAAGGAGGCGAGGUCAAAAAUAUAUACACAAUGUGAAAGUCUUAGCAGAACUAAUUUAAACGAAUCAUAUUCCAACAUGGAAGAGGUCCCAGUCCAACAACUUCCAACAUCAAUAAGUGUCAAAGACCUGGGUUUAUACAUCUACACACAUAACAGUAAAUUUUUCCAGGACGAAUUCAAGAGAAUUCCCGAACCUGCCAAUGUUACUUAUAAAGUGGGACUGAGUAAACAAAAUAACAGAAAGAAUCGCUACAAGGACAUUAUUCCAUACGAUCAUUCUCGCGUCCAUCUCCAGGCCUUAAAUGAACCCGAGGACGACUAUAUCAACGCAUCUUAUGUUAGGGUAGGUAACUACUGUUACAGUCUCAUAUUUGUACCCGCUGUGAUGCGGACGUUACUAGAAGUCUAUUUUGGAGAUUUUGACAUGUUGGAUAUAUUUGAUACCGCUGCGGAUAGACGUUGUUUCUUCAUUUAUUGGCCUCCUUCAGUCGUAGAACGACUAUGGAUCAUCUCAGAGCAAAAUCAUCAAAACCGAUACAAAUAUAUUGCAACACAAGGGCCUAACUUUGUCAGUCUGAAUGACUUUAUCCGGAUGUUAUGGGAACAAAAAGUGGAACAGGUUGUCAUGUUGACCCAUCUAGAUGAGUAUUCAAAGGAAAAGUGUGAACAAUACUGGCCAACGUCUGGUACCAAAGAGUAUGGAACAAUAGAAGUUCGAUUGACUCAUACAAAGAACUUUACCAACUACAUAGUGCGAUACUUGGAGCUUGUCAAGGAUCAGGAGGCUCACAAAGUGACACAGUACCACUAUAUCUCUUGGCCUGACCACGGUGUACCCUCCUCUCCCUGGGCACUAGUUGAGUUUGAACAAAGAGUCUCGGCUCUAAAGACGAGUACACCCCUGGUUGUGCAUUGCAGCGCUGGUGUAGGUCGUACCGGAACAUUCAUAGCUCUGCUAAAUAUUAUGCAACAAGCUGAACAAAUAGGUCAAGUUGACAUAUUCUCCACUGUAGUCAAACUUAGACAAGACCGACUGUUAAUGGUUCAAACAGCGGGCCAGUACGAGUUCUUGCACACAGCAGUCCUCGCUGCCAUCGCUUGCUCAAAAGCAACAUUGCAUACUUCUAACAUCAAAUAUCUACCAGACAAUCAGACAUUGGAAAAUGAAUAUCUGGCAGUGUGCAGUGUUAUCUCCACUUUGAGCAGGACAAAGGAAGAAGACGAUAAUCUCGAAGACGAAAACGUGGAUGAAAGUGAAUACGUGUUUGCGAAUUUCAAAAUAGAUUUAAGAAACAGAUUUCAUUCCAUAGUCCCAAGUGACAAAGACAGACCGAUUCUCAGCUGUGAACCCCUAAACAACGGGGACUACAUCAACGCAGUUUUUUUACAGAAUUUUGACAAGAAAUCCAGGCAUAUUGUUACCCAGCUACCAAUGCCCAUCACUGUUGUUGAGUUUUGGAGACUCGUGUCACAGUACAACGUAUCAGUGCUUGUAGCUUUUGAGACAGACGCUAUGAUGAAAGAUAAAACUGUUUCCAAAUUUGCACCAAGUCCUGCUGAGAGUGCUCUCAAGUGUGGUCCUUUCAAAGUGAACAACGUGUCCUACAAAGUCGAUAACCUUUGGUAUGAACAAUCUUUACAAGUUCAGUCAGAUCUUUCAAGAGAAAAGGUGCUCAGUGUCACUUGCCUGUAUGCCAAGUUUGCUGACCUGGAUACAAGGAAACAUGUCCCACUUCUUAAGAAACUAUCUUCAUAUAAACUACAAAAAGAUCAGAAAAUUGUUUACAUGUGCAGAAAUGGUGCAACGUACAGUGGCUUCCUGUGUGUCCUGUCCUUGCUGAUGGAGAGACUUGAGACGGAGACUUCUUUUAAUGUACCUCUUAUUGUUGGAGCAACUAAAACUGUUCGUCCUGAAGUAGUGCCAACUUUUAGCCACUACAAAGCCAUCUACGAAACCCUUGCCAGCUACUUGCAUCUCUCUGCCCAAACUGUGAAAGUCAAUAAUCCAAUAUUUGAUGAGUCUCAAACGGACUAUGCUCAUAUUUAUUGCAAUAUUUAGUCAGUUUUCAACAAUACAGAGAUAAUAUGUCAUUACAUGUUUUUUUUUUUGCGAUGCGUGGUCGCUUGAACUUGGAUUGGCUUGGCUACCUAUGAAAGAGGAUCGAGGUUCGACGAGCAGAGUUGAUUUUACUGAUUGCUAAAGACAGCAUGGAAAAACCUUCUCCCUGAUACUCCCUUUCUUCCACUGGUCCACAAAUGAGAUUGGACCAUAGCGCUCUGAGCUAUAAACAUGAAAGUAGAACUAUAUAAAAGCUGUAAUUUAUUUUUUGUUAAUUUUGUUUUAACUAUAUACUUGUAGGCCUAAUAUUGUAUUUGCACUGUUAUGUUUUUGUGAUUUUAUAGACUCCAUGACUCUUCUAAAGGACGCUACAUUUUUUUAGCGUCUCAAUUGCAAACUAAUUUUUGUAUUUUUAAUUAUUUGUUGCCACAUUUUUUAAAAAAUAAAUUUCCCUUUUUUGUU